GAAAUAAUAAAGACGAACGAUAGUUUUAAUCAAUCAAGGUAAUAUAAUAUAUUUGCUAAUAAUUGAUUUUUUAGUAACAAAAUACCUCUCAUUACUUGAGCAAGCAUAUUGGAAAGAAAAUUCAUGUAUUUUCGACAUAUUUUUCUUCUAUACCCAAGCAAGUAUUCAAUUAUAACAUUAAAAAAAAAUUAAAAAAAAUCACAACGGCUCUAACCCUGGCCUAGUAAAUAUAGCAGUCCAAAUAUUAGUUCUCAGAGAAAGAAAGGAUAGUUGGACAAAUAGAUCAUAAAUUCCACAUUGGUGUUAAAAAAAAUAAAAACCCAUUUGUUCCCGAUAUAAAUAGUCACGCAAUGUUGCCAUUCUAGGUCCCAACACAAUAGUAACGCAAUGUUACAGAAAAGGAAAUUCUAGUUGCUGGCUAACUAGCUACCUCUCUAAUCUUAACAUCACCAUUUCCACCAAGAUAUAUACUAAAUCCGUCAAGCUAGACAGAUGAGAAAGUCUGGUUCCUAUGCGGCGUCAGGGAUAAAGAGAGGUGCAUGGACUCCUGAAGAGGACAGAAAGCUUUUAGCUUACAUUCAACUACACGGCCAUGGAAGCUGGCGUUCCUUGUCCCAGAAAGCUGGUCUAAAAAGAUGCGGAAAGAGCUGUAGGCUAAGGUGGAUAAACUACCUCAGACCUGAUAUUAAGAGGGGAAAUUUCAGUUUGUACGAAGACCAAACCAUCAUUCAACUCCAUGCACUUCUUGGCAACAGGUGGUCGGCCAUAGCUACAUACUUACCAAAAAGAACAGACAACGAGAUCAAGAAUUACUGGAACACACAUCUGAAGAAAAGGUUGGCAAAGAUAGGGUUGGACCCUGCAACCCAUAAGCCCAAGGCUGCCAUUCUUGGCUCUGCAAAUGGCGACCCCAAAAACUUGUCAAAUCUCAGCCACAUUGCUCAGUGGGAAAGUGCCAGGAUUCAAGCCGAAGCAAGAUUUGUCAAUGAAUCCAAACCACGUAUGCAUGCAUCUGCGCCAGCGGCGUCGCUUUCCGAUGAGCACCAUCAGUUUGCUCCACCACUAGUUCCACAGUGCCUGGACAUUCUACGAGCAUCCGCAUGGGAAAGCCUAAUAUCCAUGUCAAAGUCAUCGUCAAGAUCGGCUGCCCUAAUCGACGAUACAAACGGCCAGGGUAAUGUUUCAUUCGGUGAUCAUCAUCAUGUUCAUGAUCAUGGUGUUAAUAUGGACGGCCAAGAUUAUGGUCCUAAUUUUGAGGCUCCAACAUAUAUUCCAACAUCUGACCAACAAUUAUCAAGCCUGAUGGGAUAUGAUGAUGCAACGCUCAUGUCAGUACCCACUGGAUCGAUGGAUAUUUAUGAACUUUUCGGUCAGUACUGUGGUAAUGAAUGCAGUGAAUCAUUGGCGGCACUCCACCACAAUCUCGGGUCUGAAUUCGAGGAUGCUUGGAAUAGUUUGGAACAAAUUAUGUAAGAAGCAGGUGACAUUUCUGAUGAUUAAUUCUCCACGGCACCACUUGCAAGAAAUUGUAGAACUAGCUACUAAAGUUGGCGAUGGUUUUAUUAGGGUUUACGAUGUAAUAUAAGUACUUAUUGGAGAAUUGAAGAUCAUCCAAUUAAUGAUGCAUUAAUA